AUGUCCAACUAUAAUGGCCGACACGGCCCCAAUGUGGCAAACUACCUCCGCGACCUCAACACCAUUUCUCCUCAGGAGGGCUCCGUCGACGAAAACUUCAACAUUGAGGGCGACCUUGCUCUCUUCACAAACACCGAGUUUUUCGAUUUCGAGACAGGGCAAAACACCGACUUCCAGGCCCAGCCUGUUAAAGAGGCUACCCAUUCGACACCCUCGUCUGAUGAUGUGAGCGCUGCUCCCUCUGUCAUGGGCGACAUGCCCAACUUGGAUUUCAUCUCCAAUGACUUUGCCUUCAACGAGUUCAACAACACAUAUGCGCCCCAGAUGAACACCUUUGCCGAAGCCAACCACAACUUCCAGCCUCUGCAGCCCAACCAUGGCGCCCAGAUGCCUCACCCGAACGCCCAGUACCACGCUGCCGCUUCCCGCGCUGCGGAGGUCAAGCAUAAGGGUGAGCCCAUUGCCCCCCAGACACAGGCCCUGCACUUUGAGGAGGCCUCACGCGUUGCUGCCGAGGAGGACAAGCGCCGCCGCAACACGGCCGCUAGUGCCCGCUUCCGCAUCAAGAAGAAGCAGCGCGAGCAGGCCCUCGAAAAGUCGGCCAAGGAAAUGCAGACCAAGAUGUCGGACCUCGAGAACAAGGUUUCGCAACUUGAGACGGAGAACAAGUGGCUGAAGAACCUGCUCGUUGAAAAGAAUGAGGGCAACGAGGAUAUCUCAACUCUGUGGAAAGAGUUUACCAAGCAAGCCGGCAGCAAGCUCAACAAAGCCGCCCAGUCGAGUAGCGCCGUCGCCGCCAAGGAGGAACGGUAG